AUGCGUUAUUUAACAUCAAAUCGACCAUUUUUAAAAAUAUUUAAUAUUUAUCUUAAACAAUUAGCAGCUAUAUUUCAAUCCGAAGCUGGAACAAAUAUUCAUAGUAAAGUAAUGAAAUAUUUAUGUACAGUUGUUGAAGUUGAUCUAACUGUUUUAGCACAUAAUGAUAUUAAAUCAUGUAUUAAAGUUGGUUUAACUGAUAAAAAAUCUAUACGUAAACUAAAAUUAAUACGUGAAACAUUUCAACAAUUAUGGUUUUCUCCAAUACGUAAUCAACAAGAUGUUCGACAACAUGUUCAAACAAUAAUUGAUGUAUUAGUUGAUGCACAAAAACAAAAUUAUACAUGGUUAGAAAAUUUAGUUAAAGAAUUUCUUCAAACAAAUAAUAAACAAUCAAUUGAUAAUAAGAAAAAAGUUUGUGAACAACGUAAAGAUGUUUUAAAAGUCAUACAAGAUAUUAUUAAUGAAUUAGUUGAAUCAAUACUUAAAAUUGAAUCAGCAAAUGAUCAAGUUUCAUCAAAUAAAAUGGUUGCAACAUUUAUAGGACUUUAUGCAUUAUUUUUGUGCACGAAUUUUUGUUUUUUGAAUGCUGUAGAACGUUCCAACAUUAAAAUCCAAUGUAGAGGCAAUUAUGUACCAGUUGAGAUUGAUGUACAAGCAAAUGCUGCAAAUGAACAAACGCUGGAACUGGUUAUUGAAUCACAAAAUGAAAAAGAAAAUAAAAAGUUUCAUUUUAUACGUUCUCAAAUUUUGAAGGAUCUCAAUACUUUCGAAUCACAUGAUGAACCAAUAAAUGAUUCUGAUUCACAUCAAGUAAUAGUUUUUGGUUCCUUAUUUAAUAGUCUUCCUCCUGAUAUAUUUGAUACAGAACGAUAUUUAUUAGGUGAACGAAAUUGUAAUAUUGAAAAAAUAAAAAAUUCAUUGGCUUGUGAUAUUUCUGUUAAUUCAUUAGGUGCACAACGAUAUAGUUUUAUUAUUCGUCAUAAUAAAAAAAUUAUUAUGGAGCUUGCAACAAUUCAAAUUCAAGCACUUGUUCAACAAGCACAUCAACAAUAUCUAAUAAGCUAUGCCAACAAAAUUGGACAAGAUUUAAUAGGUCGUACAAAACAAAAUGAAACAAUAACUUAUAUGUCAUCAUCAAAUUCAAACAAAUUUCAAGCUAGUACUAAACGAAAACGUACUGAAAAUGAUGAUGAAGAAGAAGAAGAAGAAGAAGCACAACAACAACUCAUUAAAGAUGGUCCAAUAAUAAUUAUGUCUGAUCAUACUGAUGAUGGUAAAAUGAUACUUGACAAAACACGAAAUUUGAAUAAACAAUUAAAAACGAAUCCGAAUUUACCUGAUUCUGCUGAAACAAAUGCUGAAACAACUGCUGAAAUAAAUGCUGAAACAACUGCUGAAACAAAUGCUGGAACAAAUGCUGAAACAAAUGCUGGAACAAAUGCUGGAACAAAUGCUGAAACAAAUGUUCAUCGUACACUAAAUCAAAAUCUUGUAUUACAACGAACUCCUGGUGAUUCAUGGAUGUCCACACUCAGAUUAAGAAGUAAUGGAAAAAGAACUUCACACUUAACAUUGCCAAUUAAUUUAAAUGAAUCAUUUAAUUUAUCUUAUCCUAUUUUAAAUUCAACAAUACUAUCAACAUUAGAAGUAAUAUUAAAUGAAAUUUCUAAUUAUUUGGAAACUCAUCGUGAACAAAUUUCUUUACGUAUUAUUGUUUAUUUAUUAACAAUAAUAUGGAUACUUUAUCCUGGUCAAAUAUCAAAACUAGACAUGAUAAAUUACCUCUAUGGUUUAUUAGUUCGUUUUAGUACAAUGAAUAGUACAUUUAUAAGUAUAUCACCAUCAAAAAAUAUACCAUAA